AUGAGUUUAGACUCACUCUUCCAACAAAUUCUCCAGGCUGAAUAUCAGCAGUCGGAACAGACACAAAAACUCAAAGACGUAAAAGUGGAAAUUAUCCGAUACAAUGAGAAGAUUAAGAGUGAAACCGAGAAAUAUAAGCAAAUCACAGAUGAACUUGAUAAAAAGGCUGAGCAGUUGUCCACCAUGACUCUGCAGUGUGAUAUGAUGAGAAAAUGCAAAGACCAGGCAUUGAAGCAAAUUGAGGAGCAGCUUUGUCAGCAGAGUCGCCUCAAUAGUCGUCUGGCCAAGAUCAAGAAGGAAUCUAAAGAAGAAGAGCAUCAGUUCCUCCAGGCGAUCACCAAAUUCAACACUGACUUCAGCCUGACAGGGAACAGCGCAGCCGUGUUGGAGAGCCAGACUCACGCUGAGAUCCUGGCCCUGCGCAGGGAGGCUGAAACUUUACUCAAGGAGAUGGAUGACAUGAAAAGCAGGAACAGCCACAUGAGCUCCACAGUGGAGGAACGGAGCCGGCUGCUGCUGGAACUGCAGGAGCUGAAGAACCUCCAGAGAGACCUGGAUCGGCAGAGGAAGGAGGCCCGAGCACAGACCGGCUCUCUGCGGUCAGAGGUUGAGUUCGUUAGUCAGAAGCACCUCACCGACAGCACCUGUCUGAGCCUGAGGAAGGAGCUGGAGCUGGAGCUGCAGAAAAAUGAAGACCUUGAACAACUGCGGCGGUCCCUGAGCUCCGAGAUGCAGCUCCUCCAGGCAAAACUGAAGAGCAACCAGGAAAGUGAGCAGCAUUAGGAUUAGCCCCCCGAUUCAGGAUGUUUACAUUUACCAUCAGCAUUACU